UAUAUAAAUAUUUGUGAAUAACGUAGGAUAUUUCUAGCAACAGUCAAUCAGUUUUCAUUGCAUAAGCAUAUUCAAUCAUGGGUAGCGAAGAAAUAAAAAACCUUCCAGACUUACUGAAGAAUUACUUGGGCACAAGUAAACAAAUACACGAUGUCAAAAUUACUCGACUAACAGCACCGGGAGAGAAUUUUGGAAGCGUGAUGCUCAAACUCGAUAUUACAGUGCUCAAUACCGAAAAUGGCACCAAAGAGAUAUUACACGCUGUAGGAAAGACACUCCCAGAAACAGAACUGUUCAGGGAAAUUUUCAACGUUCAAAUGACUUAUCGAUAUGAAAUGGCUUUCUACGAAAUCAUAGUUCCUGCAGUUCAAGAUUUUCAACGACGUUUGGGAAUAACUCAAGUUUUCGACACUGUCUGUAAGUGUAUAGCUACUAGAAAAAACUUGGAUGGUAGCGAUAAGAUAGACGAUGAUGCUGUAAUUGUUCUGGAAAAUUUGAUGGAACUUGGUUAUAAAAAUAUCGAGCGAAUAGAAGGUUUCGACUUUGAAACUACAAAACUCAUCAUUAGAGACUUAGCCCUAUUUCAUGGAGUGUUUAUUGCAAUGAAAAACAAGGAACCUGAGAUAUUUGCCGGAAAAAUAAAGCCUUAUUGCCAUGAUUUUAAAGUGGUGCAACAAGAAAACGACAAAUUUCAGGAAGUUGUGAAUAUCUUAUUAAAUGAAAAUGAAGACACAGGCCGCUGCGUUUCUAAAAUCAAGACUUGGGGGACAAUUCCAAGGUCUGCGGCAAGAGAACCUUUUGCAACAGUGAUUCACUGUGACUUGUGGAUCAACAACAUCAUGCAAAAAUUUGAAAACGGCAAAGCAGUUGCUAAUAAAAUAGUUGACUUUCAGUGUUUCAACUAUGGCUCCCCAGCAGCGGAUUUGUUUUUCUUUCUGUGGACCAGUGUUUCACAAGCCCUUUUGGAAUCACAUUUGGAUUACUUCAUCAAGUAUUACUACGAAAAUUUGCUAGAAGUACUGGUACAACAUGAAUGCGAUACAGGUCGUUUUACUUUCGAGCAGUUUCAAAAAGAAAUUGAACUGGAGACUGAUUAUGAAAUAGGACAUGCGUUGCUAUUCAUUAUAUUUACACUCAAUGGAAAAUCGGAAGAUGACACCUCCACUGAAGUGUUAUCUACGGAGGAAAUGUUGGCGAGGUUGCUGCCGAAAACAAAAAAGAGGGUUCAUUAUAUGAUUCGUGAAUGUGUGAAACAUGGAUGGCUGAAAUAAUACGAAACCUGUAUUACUUGUAAUUUGGUCAUGUUAACUCAUAAUAAUAAAAGUGAUAAUACUGA